AUGGUUGCCAGCGGGAGUUGGGACCAAACCGUUCGCGUGUGGGAUGUGCUACAGGGUGAUAACCUCCAUACCUUUACCGAACAUACGUCUCUCAUUAGGACAGUCGCUUUCGGUUGGGGCGGCACCCUCGCCAGCGGAGAUUUUGAUUCGAUGAUUCAUCUGUGGAACGUCAAAACAGGCGAGAAAAUCAGAACUCUCACUGGGCAUACCUCGACUAUCUACGAGGUUGUCUUUUCUGCGGAUGGGGGCAUACUGGCAAGUGCAAGCGAGGACGAUACUAUUCGCCUGUGGAAUGCCGUCACGGGUGAGACAGUCAAAACUUUUAUCGAACACACCGCUGAUGCCUACCGGGUUGCGUUUAGUCCGGACGGCAACACCCUUGCUAGUGGAAGUGGGGAUGCGACCGUCCGUCUGUGGGAUAUUGACACCGGCGAAAAUACCAAAACCCUUACUGGGCAUGAGAGCACUGUCCUGAGCGUUGCUUUUGGUCCGGGGGACCGCACACUCGUUGGUCGGAGUUGGGACCAGACGAUUCGUGUCUGGAAUACCGAAACAGGAGAGCGCCAACACUUUCUCGUUGGGCAUACAGACGAUGUAGACAUCGUUGUUUUCAGUCCGGAUGGUCGCACAAUCGCCAGCGGUAGUCAGGACAAUACCGUUCGCCUGUGGGACGCUGAGACCGGGGCACAUCUGAAAACGCUCGUCGCGCAUUGGGCGUAUAUUAUAACGAUCGCUUUCAGUCCCGAUGGUACAACUCUCGCCAGUGGAAGUGAGGACGAUACAGUCCGCUUGUGGGAUGUCGCCACCGGGGAGCGUCUGGGACGUCUUUGGGGACAUUUUGCUGGUGUCGAGACUCUCGCUUUCAAUCACGAUGGCACAAUGUUCGCUAGUGGGAGUCGAGAUGCGGUCAUUACCUUAUGGGAUACCGCCACUAGGGAGUGGCUGCACUUUCUCUUUGGUCAUCGUGGACAUGUCCUUACCGUUGCUUUCAAUCCGGAUAGUACAAUCCUCGCAAGUGGGGGCUGGGACAAUACCGUCUGGUUGUGGGAUGUCACCACCGGUGAGGCGAUAACAACCAUUCAAGCGAGCGAGUAUGGUGUUGAAGGUAUUAUUGAAAGCGUUGCUUUCAGUCCCGAUGGAAAGACCCUUGCAGCCGGAGGAUGGGGUAAUGCGGUUGGCUUGUGGGAUGUUGCAACAGGUGAGCAUAUCGAAACUUUUUCCGGACACGCCUCUAGGGUUGAGAGCGUUGCCUUUAACUCCGAUGGCACAGUCCUCGCCAGUGGAAGUCGGGACGGCACGGUGUUGCUAUGGGAUAUUCCACAGCCACCGCCAGAGCCCGAGGAACCGCCGCCCCCACUCGUCGAGGAUGUCAACGGGAAUGGAGCCGUCAAUAUCUUGGACUUAGCAUUGGUCGGAUUACGUUUGGGACAGAUAGGGGAGAAUGAUGCCGACGUCAACGGGGAUGGCAUUGUGGAUAUUGCGGACUUGGUUCAGGUCGCCGGCGCGAUAGGAAACACAACUGCUGCACCUUCGGUGCAUCCUAUAGCACUGCCAAAUCUGACCGCCACCAAUAUUGAGGAGUGGCUCACCCAAGCACAGACGUUAGAUCUCACGGAUGUCCACUCGCAAAAAGGAAUUCUUUUUCUUGAACAACUCCUUGCAGCGUUGGCUCCCAAAGAGACAGCACUUCUGCCAAAUUACCCAAACCCAUUCAACCCGGAGACGUGGAUCCCUUAUCAACUCACCAACGAUGCCGAUGUCACCCUUACAGUUUAUGACACAAACGGCACACCGGUGCGGCAAUUCGAUUUGGGACAUCAGUCCGCGGGCUUCUAUACCACUCGGAUGAAAGCUGCUUAUUGGGAUGGACGCAACGAAAACGGGGAAUCGGUCGCAAGCGGGGUCUAUUUCUAUCAACUCCAAGCAGGUAAUUAUACCGACUUACGACGCAUGGUAAUUCUCAACUUCGCCCAAGAAAAUCCGCAGUGGCACCUGCCCGAAGAUGCGAUUGCGCGAUUCGGUAAAGGAUGGAUAGCUGGACUUGAGUAUUCGCCCGACGGCAGCCGACUCGCAGUCGCCACCGCCAUCGGUAUUUGGCUCUACGAUACGACAACCCUACAAGAGGCUGAUCUGCUCGCCGGGCAGACCGCAAUAUAUGAAAAUGAGACGUAUUCGCCAUCUUCUCUGGCGUAUUCACCGGAUGGAACCAUACUUGCCAGUGGGGGUUGGGACAGAGCUAUCCGUCUGUGGGAUACCACUACAGGUGAAGACACCAAUACCCUUACCGGGCAUAGGAGUGGUAUUCGGAGCCUUGCUUUCAGCCCGGAUGGAAAGAUUCUCGCAAGUGGAAGUUACGACGAUACGGUUCGCCUGUGGGAUGUUGACACCGGUGAAACUGUUCACACCCUUGCCGAACAUACGGAUCGGGUCAACAGCGUUGCUUUUAGCCCAAAUGGGGAUAUAGUGGCUAGUGGAGGUUGGGACCAAACUGUCCGUUUGUGGGAUGUGGCUACAGGUGAACUCAUCAGAACCAUCACCGGACAUACAUCUCUCGUCCGGGCGAUUGCCUUCAGUCCGGAUGGGGACAUGGUCGCCAGCGGAGACUACGACGCAAUGAUCCACCUGUGGGAUGUUGAGACGGGUGAACCCAUCAAAACUCUCACCGGGCAUACCUCAAUUAUCUACGGACUCACUUUUUCGGAUGAGGGCAUCCUAGCGAGCGCGAGUGAGGACGAUACCGUCCGUCUGUGGAAUGUUGACACCGGUACGACCGUUCAUACCCUGACCGAGCAUACGGCUGAUGUCUACAAAGUGCGUUUAGCCCGGAUGGGCGCACGGUCGCAAGCGGGGCGUGGGAUGCCUCCUUCCGUCUGUGGGAUGUUGACACCGUCCGGAGGGACCGCGUACUUGUCGGUCGGAGUUGGGACAGCACCAUCCGUCUGUGGAAUACCGAAACAGGAGAGCGCGAAGCACUUCCUCUUUGGGCAUACAGACGAUGUGGACAUCGUUGCUUUCAGCCCGGAUGGGCGCACACUCGCUAGUGGCAGUCAGGACGAUACGGUCCGCUUGUGGGACGUUGAUACCGGGGCACACCUGAAAACCCUCGUCGGGCAUAGUGCUUAUAUCAUAAGCGUUACUUUUAGUCCCGAUGGUAGCAUGGUGGCGAGCGGAAGCGAGGACGACGAUAUCCGUUUGUGGGAUGUCGCCACCGGGGCGCGUUUGAGAACCCUCCGUGGACAUAGUACCGGCGUAGAGAGCAUCGCUUUCAAUUCUGAUGGCACCACGCUCGCGAGUGGAAGUCGAGAUAGUACUGUUCGCCUGUGGGAUGUUGACACUGGGGAACCUCUGGAUGUCCUUGAGGGUCAUUACGGUCAUGUCCUCACCGUUGCUUUCAGUCCCGAUGAUAAGACACUCGCCAGUGCCGGCUGGGACACCGUUAUUCGCCUGUGGGAUGUCGCCACCGGUGAGGAGGUGGUAGCCAUUGAUAGGGGGACGUAUGGUGUCGAAAGCGUCGCUUUCAGUCCCGAUGGAAAAAUUCUCGCAAAUGGGGCGUGGGAUGAUACGAUUGGUUUAUGGGAUGCUACCACCGGUGAAUCGUUGAAAACUCUUAUCGGGCAUGCGACUAGCGUUGAGAGUGUUGUGUUCAGUUCCGAUGGUACGACCCUCGCAAGUGGGAGUUGGGACGGCACAGUGCUUCUGUGGGAUGUUACGCCGCCCCCGCCUCCGGAGGAACCACCACCGCCUCCCGUCGUCGAGGAAGUCCCGCCGGUCGAAGAUGUCAAUGGGAAUGGGGUGGUCAAUAUCUUGGAUUUAGCCCUAGUUGGAUUACGCUUGGGACAGACAGGGGAAAACGAUGCUGAUGUGAACGGGGAUGGCGUUGUGGAUAUUGCUGAUUUGGUUCAGGUUGCCAGCGCGAUAGGAAACACUGCUGCCGCACCUGCGGGGCAUCCCUUGGCACUGACCAACCUAACCCCCGCCGAUGUCGAGGGUUGGCUCACCCAAACACAAGGGUUAGACCCAACCGAUGUAAGGACGCAAAGAGGAAUUCUCUUCCUUGAACAACUCCUUGCAGCAUUGGUUCCGCAAGAGACAGCACUCUUGCCUAACUAUCCCAACCCGUUCAAUCCAGAGACAUGGAUUCCGUACCAACUCGCCCGCGAUGCCGACGUGACGCUUGCGGUGUAUGACACGAAAGGUACGCCGGUACGCGAGUUCAAUUUGGGGUAUCAGUCCACAGGAUUUUACACCAACCGGGCGAAAGCCGCCUAUUGGGACGGACGCAACGAAAUUGGGGAAUCGGUCGCAAGUGGGGUCUAUUUCUAUCAACUCCAAGCAGGCGAUUAUACCGACUUACGACGCAUGGUAAUUCUCAAAUAA